AUGAGCAACGCCCCUGUGCCCAUUGAGCCCGCGUUCGACCCGAUGUACAACCGUGGCCACACCGUUUUCAGCACGCAAGACCGCGAUUCCAACGGCCGUCCCACACGCAAGAAGCUUUGGGUAUGGGAAAGCGAAUACGUCAAGUCCCGAACCUGGGGGAGUGAUGAUGGUGUUUUUGAAAGAUGGGCCCGGUGA